CUUCUCUUUAAUGUGGAAUGCGAUUUUAGUUUUACAUUGAAACAACGCAUCAUUCUUCAACUAUGACAGAAACACUUGAAAUUUGAUUGAUCUCUGUGUGUAUGUAUAGGUACUGAAGAUUUUCUUCUCCAUUAUGAAUCAGAAAAAAUUCUUGAAAAUAUCACUUCCUCAGAACCCAUUAGUCUUAACAGCUAUUUUUUUCCCCUUGUUUUUCCAUUAGUUAAAAUGCCAUCUACCCCAAAACUCUUUCAGCCGAAAAUGCCAUCUCCCCCAAAACUUUUCCAUGCGCGUCAACCUUCCUACAGCCGCAGAUUAACAGUCCUGAUCCUCUGUUUCCUCAUCGGCAUCUCUGGUUUUAUCUUCGGGUUUAUUGCGAUUUCGCGACAGGGUUUGGGGUAUAGAUGUAAAUACGCUAAGCCCAACUCGGUAUCUGUGACUUGGGAUAGGCUUGCCAGUAGUAUUGACAGUGGUAACGGGGGCCAAAACAGGCAUAAAGUGAUGGGUUUUGUUGGUAUUCAAACCGGGUUCGGAUCCGCCGGCCGACGGCGAUCGUUGCGCAAGUCUUGGUUUCCGUCUGAUCAUCAAGGAUUUCAACGGUUGGAAGAAUCCACGGGUUUGGCUUUUAGAUUUGUAAUUGGCAGAACAGCUGAUAAAUCAAAGAUGUCAAACCUUAGGAAGGAGAUAGCAGAAUAUGAUGAUUUCUUGCUAUUAGAUAUUGAAGAGGAGUACAGCAAACUUCCAUACAAAACUUUAGCUUACUUCAAAGCUGCCUAUGCACUUUUUGAUUCAGAUUUCUAUGUAAAAGCUGAUGAUGAUAUAUAUUUACGACCAGAUCGCCUUUCCUUGCUUUUGGCUAAAGAUCGACAUCACUCACAAACUUAUCUUGGAUGCAUGAAAAAAGGUCCAGUUUUCACUGACCCCAAGUUGAAAUGGUAUGAACCACUGUCACAUUUGCUUGGAAAGGAGUACUUUCUUCAUGCUUAUGGUCCGAUUUAUGCUCUCUCAGCUGAUGUAGUUGCAAGCUUGGCUUCUUUAAGAAACAACAGUUUCCGCAUGUUCAGCAAUGAGGACGUGACCAUUGGUUCGUGGAUGCUUGCAAUGAAUGUCAAUCACGAGGACAAUAGGCAACUAUGUCAGCCAGACUGUACACCCACAUCUAUUGCUGUGUGGGAUAUUCCCAAAUGUUCAGGACUCUGCAACCCUGAGAAGAAGAUGUUGGAGCUUCAUGCUAAAGAUAUUUGUUCGAAAAGCUCAACUCUACCUUCUGAUGACAGUGAUUAGCACUCUUGGCUGCCUCCUUCCAGACUCCAAAACGUUCAACAGAUAAGUUUCGUAAGAUAGAUUUCACCAGUAGUCAGAAAUUGCCCCCAGCAGUAUAUAUUACACAGUUCCCUUUCUUCAUUGUACUCUUAUUUUUUUCAUCUACAAUUUUCCUGGGUGAAAAUUGGCAGUAUUCAAUUUGAAUCUCAGAACAAAAAUUUGGGCUGGAAAUUAGAAUUUUGACUUCAGAGAAAAUGAUAGGAGUUAAUGGAAUUAUUAGUUCUUGCUGUGGAAGUCGAUUCUCAUUCUUUAUAAAAAACUGCAUUCUUUGAUAGUCUUGA